UACAUAUAUAUAUCAUAUGAAAUCUUAUACAAUAUAUAUAUAUAAUAAAUCAUCAUUAAAAAAUCGUCGUCGUUGUCGUUUACAAAAACAUUUUCCUCCUUUUUCUCCUUCAAAAUCUUUUCGUCAUUAUUAUAACAUGCAUCGAAGAAAUAUUAUUUCAAACAAGAGGUUUUUUUCCUCUUCUGAUAAAAAAAAUUCACUUCAACAUUCUCAUAUAAAACUUUCACCUUCGUUAACCCCAGAUUGUUUCGCUGAAAUAUUGGUUCACUUACAAGAUGAUAAAUCAACUUUAUAUAAUUGUCUAUUAUUAAAUAGAUUAUGUUGUCGUCUAGUGAUACCAUUAUUAUGGAAACGUCCAUUCGAUUUAAUACAACAAUCUUCUUCUUUCGUUGAACAAGGUGGAAAUACUACUUCAACUUUUAACACUUUGGAAAGAAAUGCUGCGUUAAUAAUAAAAACUUACGUAUCAUGUUUACCACCUUCAGAAUUAAGGAUAUAUUCGGAAGAAGGAAUGAACAUUCCGCGAAUGAUUCGUCCUUUAUUCGAUUAUCCAACUUAUUUGAAAAGUUUUGAUACUUCAUUAAUUUAUUCUUCGAUAGAAUACUUUUUUAAAAAUUUAUUGAGAAAUAUCAAAUUAAUGCAUUAUAAAUCACCAUCAUUUAAUCCGACUACUUAUUUGGCACAGUGGAUAUUUAACAAGAGCAAUGCUCUUCAUUCAUUGAACUAUCAUUAUGUUACUGAGGACGCUUUAAAAUCCAUUGAUUUAUCCUCUUUCAAAAAUACUGAAUUAAAAUUACAACGGUUAAAAAAAUUUAAUUUCAUUUAUAUUCCUCAAAGAACUUUUACUUUUAUUAAUGAUAUUAAUCCAAUCAUUUCUGAUUUAUUCCGUACUUUAAGUAUAACUUCAAUUAAUAUUAAUCAAGUUGAACUUGUUUUACAUAAAAAUUCUAAUCCCCCAAUUCAUCAAAUUUGUAAAUUUUUAUCAAGUUUACGUUAUUUAACAACAUUUAAAUCCAAUGAAUUUUGGUUAAAUAAUAAUUCUUUUGAUAUUUUCUUUUCUUUAAGUAAACACAGAGAUACUUUGGAAUAUUUGGAAUUUUCUGAUUUAAGUCAUUUUAGUAGUCAUUUAUUAGAAUUUUUAUCAAAUUGUGAAAAUCUUAAAGUAUUGGAAUUUAAAGGUUUUGAGCAACGUCAUCAAUCAAUUUCAAAUAAUGAUGAUUAUUUAUUUAAUGAUGAUUGUAGUAAUAAUUGUUAUUCUACUGGUAGUGGUAUCGGAAAUAGUAGUAGUAACAGUAGCAGGGGAAAUAGUUCUUAUAGGUCAAUAUUUAAUACUUCGUAUAAUAAUUCAAAUUUAUCUCAUUCACCAUCAUAUGAUAUUUCAGUGGAAAAUUUAAUUAUACAUAGAAAUCAUCAUGCCAAUUCAAUAAUUCCUUUACUUAAAAUAAUAUCCCCUAUUUCAUUAAAAAAACUUUAUAUUGAAAAGACUACUCCUGAAAUUAUUAAUAUAAUCUCAUCUCAAUUCAUUUCCAAUUUGACUCAUUUAUCAAUUCGUCCUUCAAAUAACGUUAGUUUCUCUACUUUUGCCUCUUGUUUGAAGAAAUUACUUAAGAACAAGAAUUGUAAUUUACAAUGUUUUUCCCUGAAAGUGGCAAGGCAUCAUGAUGUUAACAUCCCUAAUGAUCUUAGAUCUAUAUUGAGUGUUCUUCAAAAACGUAUUACUCACCUUACACUGGAUAUUGGUGGAUUAUGUGAUGAUAAUAAUUCAUUGAAAAAAGUUUUGAAGUCCAUAGGAUGUAAUUUAGAAUAUUUUGAUCUUAUUUAUGAAGAUGUUGGAAUGGAUAAUGAAUAUGUAGAUUUGGUGAAUAAUUUCUUGAAAAAUAACAAGAAUAUCAAAAGAAUUAGACUUAUUAUUCACGAAGUUAUUGCUGCUAACGUUAAGAAUAUUAUAAAAAACGUGAAGACGAAGACGAAGAGAAAUUUGGAAGUUACCGUUGUCAAAACUUCCAAUCAAUUACUAUCCGAUUGGUCAGAAUUGUUAUAGAUUAACAAUUUUGGAGCGCGUCUAACAGUGACAGCAAGUAUUUUUUUUUUUUUUU